AUGACCGCGCCGGCGGCCAGCGGCAGCCCCGCGGGCGACGCGCUCUGCCCGGGCCUGGCCCCGCAGGACUCAUGCAGGGCGCACGUCUCCAGCUACGCGGGGUCCCUGACACGUCACAUCAGCCACCGGGCCAACAACUUCAAGCGACACCCCAAGAGGAGGAAGUGCAUUCGACCCUCUCCGCCCCCGCCCCCCAACACCCCCUGCCCCCUGGAGCUGGUGGACUUUGGGGACCUGCACCCCCAGAGGUCCUUCCGGGAGCUGCUGUUCAAUGGUUGCAUCCUGUUUGGCAUUGAGUUCAGCUACGCCAUGGAGACGGCUUAUGUGACCCCCGUGCUCCUGCAGAUGGGCCUGCCCGACCAGCUCUACAGCCUGGUGUGGUUCAUCAGCCCCAUCCUCGGAUUUCUGCUGCAGCCUCUGUUGGGUGCUUGGAGUGACAGAUGUGCCUCAAGGUUUGGAAGGAGGCGCCCUUUCAUUCUUGUCCUGGCCAUAGGGGCAUUGCUGGGCCUGUCCCUCCUGCUGAACGGCAGGGACAUCGGCCUGGCCCUGGCCGACACGGCCACCAACCACAAGUGGGGCAUCCUUCUGACUGUGUGCGGGGUGGUGCUGAUGGACUUCAGCGCCGACUCAGCCGAUAACCCCAGCCACGCAUACAUGAUGGAUGUGUGCGGACCCGUGGACCAGGACAGAGGCCUGAACAUCCAUGCUCUCCUGGCAGGCCUCGGCGGCGGGUUCGGCUAUGUGGUCGGGGGAAUCCACUGGGACCGAACCGGCUUCGGCAGAGCGCUGGGCGGCCAGCUCCGCGUCGUCUACAUCUUCACCGCCGUCACCCUGAGCGUCACCACGGUGCUGACGCUGGCCAGCAUCCCCGAGCGGCCUCUGCAGCCGCUGGGGGAGAAGAGGACGGCCAUGAAGAGCCCCAGCCUCCCCCUGCCGCCAUCGCCGCCUGUGGCCGUGGACGCCGGGGCCGGCGACGCGCUGCCCACGCCCGGCGGCGUGGACGCCAGCUUCUCCAGCCCCAUCUCGCCGCCCAGCCCCCUGACGCCCAAGUACGGCAGCUUCCUGAGCCGGGACAGCUCCCUGAGCGGCCUCAACGAGUUCGCGUCCUCCUUCGGCACGUCCCACAUCGACAGCGUGCUCAUCGACUGCUUCACCGCGGGCCACGACGGCUACCUGGCCCUCCCCAGCAGCCUGCCCAGGCAGGCCGUCAGCGCCAGCUUCCCCCGCGCCCCCGACGGCUGGGGCCGGCCGGACCGCAGGGACGGGGGCCUGGCGGCGGGCGCCGACGGGGACGUGCUGCGGGUGGGUUCCUUGGACGCUUCCAAGCCACGGGCGUCUGGGAUCCUGAAGAGACCCCAGACCCUGGCUCUCCCGGACGCGGCUGGGGGCGGCGGCCCCGAAACCAGCCGGAGGAGAACCGUGACCUUCAGCCAGCAGGUGGCCAACAUCUUACUGAACGGCGUGAAGUACGAGAGCGAGCUGCCGGGCGCGGGCGAGCCGGCCGACCAGCCGCUGUCCCUGCGCCGCCUCUGCGCCACCAUCUGCCACAUGCCGGCCGCGCUGCGCAGCCUGUGCCUCAAUCACUUCCUGGGGUGGCUGUCGUUCGAGGGCAUGCUGCUCUUCUACACGGACUUCAUGGGCGAGGUGGUGUUCCAGGGGGACCCGAAGGCGCCCCACGCGUCCGAGGCGUACCAGAAGUACAACCGCGGCGUGACGGUGGGCUGCUGGGGCCUGUGCAUCUACGCCUUCAGCGCUGCCUUCUACUCAGCCAUCCUGGAGAAGCUGGAGGAGCGGCUGAGCAUCCGCACCCUCUACUUCAUCGCCUACCUCGCCUUUGGCCUGGGCACUGGGCUGGCCACGCUCUCCCGGAACCUCUACGUGGUCCUGUCCCUCUGCGUCACCUAUGGUGUCCUCUUCUCCACGCUCUGCACCCUGCCCUACUCGCUGCUCUGCGACUACUACCAGAGCAAGAAGUUCGCAGGGUCCGGGGCGGACGGCGGCCGCCGGGGCAUGGGCGUGGACAUCUCCUUGCUCAGCUGCCAGUACUUCCUGGCCCAGAUCCUCGUCUCCCUGGUCCUGGGGCCCCUGACCUCGGCCGUGGGCAGCGCCACGGGGGUGAUGUACUUCUCCAGCCUUGUGUCCUUCCUGGGCUGCCUCUAUUCAUCCCUGUUUGUCACUUACGAGCUCCCUGCCGGUGACACGGGGGACCAGGAGUACCAGCCUCUCCUGCUCAACGUCUGA